UCACCGGUACGCAUAUGGAACCAACCCAGAACGACCUACAGAGCGACAGUGACUUGACAGUGUGCGGCGUGUGAAGGGGAAUAAGGGGAAAACGGUGGUGGGGGACAGCUAGCCAGUUAGCCAGCCAGAGCCAGCCGUGGGGUCACCAAAUAUAAUAAUAAUACUCUAUAUAUAUACAUAUAUAUAUAAAUUAUACUUGUACCAAAUUGAACCACAGUCUCGCGCUCUAUAGUCGGACGCAAGUGGCAGAAAUUCUCGUGAUAAACUCCUACUCUAAUGGAAAUCUUUAAACAGUGUGUGCUUCUGCAUAAAAAAAUUUCACUGGUCCUUUCCUACUGAUGGAGAUGUUAUUAUGGUCACGUUUGGAUGACUUUUCAACAUCAUCAUAUAUAUCGUAUACUCUUCUUAUAUAUCUUUGUGUUUUUGUUUAAUUGAAUCGUGAAAUUUCGUGAAGCUUGAGUGAAAUUAUCAAAUGGGAUGAAAACGUUAUGCCGUGCAAGUGUAUACACCGCUGUCCACUUGUGUUUUGUUAAUCGAACAGUGUACUAAACAAUGAAGCGGAAAUGGAAAUCAUCGCAGUGAAAAAACAGACUCACCAUCAGGUUGAUGGAUUUUAUGAUUUUUAUUAGUCGUAUAAGACGAGACAAAAUACCGGGACAAGCGGGGAGAAAGAUGAUGACGGCUAUGGCAAGAAUACCCUGUAGUAAAUCGGCAAACACUCAACAGCAACAGCAGCAAAUAUUCCGAGAAAAUAAUAAUAGCUACGGUAAUAGCAAUAGCAAUAGAAAUUAUUGGGAUAUGCAGAGACUGCCAUCGCUACCAUCGACUUACACUAGGACUCAACAUCGUCAGAUAAGUGAUCAAACUGGUAAGAGAAAGAGUGCAGUGGAAUUGUUGCAAGAAUCGAAAGCUUUUUACGUAAAGAGUGAAAUAGUACUGGAUCGAAAACAGGAGUUGAAAAAUAGUGGACAUCUUCAAGUUGCUCCAUCAACAAAUGCUGGUGCACCACCACGAUUAUUACGAAAGUGCACAAAUAUAGUUUCAUGUAGUGCUAAUCUGCAGCAGCAGCAACAGCAACAAUCCUUGCCAAUGAUUUGCAGUUGUUCUGGUGGUUCAGUUGGAGAGCAGCGUACACUGCCCCCUCCGGUAUUACCACCAAAGAGCCCGAGACUGAUAUCAGUACCGCAGAGGCGCGCUAUAUCGGGCCCCCCAAGCACUGCAGGAGGCGAUCAGCUUCAAGCAAAAUUACGAAAAUUAUUAAACACAGAUAGCAAAGAGAAUAUUCAUUUUAUUGAUUCACCAGGAUCAAAAAAUAAUUACUCCAUUCGUGGAAAUGCCAGCAAUGUCACAUCACUACCACCUAAAUCUCCAUCGCCAUCUCCAUCCGGUCAAUUAUCCCCUGCGGUUAAUUGUCAAUUAUCUCCUCCCGAAGUACGAUUCAAAUUUGGUAGGAGUCAUUCUCAUUCGCACACAUCAACGAAAAAUCAUAAUAAAUCCAAUAGUGGGAUUAGCUCUCCACCGGCAAUUUGCCAGACUACAAUUUGCCAUAAAUCAUUACCCGACUUACAUACUAGUGCACGCCGGAGGGCAUCAUUAUCACCGAGAGCAUCCACAAAAUCUUCAGCGAGCAAGCCUAUUAAUGUUAAUGUUAAUGUUAAUGUUAGUUGUCCUGAUUGUGAAACAAGCUCGGAUUAUUCGGAUCAUAGUUUCAAGAGGGACUCUGUUUGUUAUCAAAGUUCAAGACACAUGAGAAGAUCGUUGGGAUCAGCAGGAGGAAAUGAUGCCAACAGUGUUUUAUCAUCGGGUGGACGUACUCAAAAGUCAUCAGGAUCGAGUAAACUCAGCCAUGGAGCAACAGCUAGAGAUUCAGGGGGCUCAUCGGGGCACUGCACUCACCGCAGUGAACCACCCCCUAGAAUACAAGAAUGUUGGGGCCACAUACGUCGUGACAGUGGAGCUUCGACUCAACACUCGACCGAUAAAGAACGAUCUAGAAGAGGCAGUAGUCACGUUAGUGGUGGAACUCCCCCUUCAAUUUUAAGAAACUUGAGUACUGAUGAUUCUGAGAGUAGCAAUAGUCCAACUGAUUACAGUUCUACUCGUAAUUCAAGAUUCUCAGAUGGAUGGAAAGAGGGACGUGGUCGCCCAAUUCUCCGCUCAAAGUCAGACAUAAGUGAUCGCUAUCGGCGACACGAUAACAACAGUACAAAUUAUGAGCGUAAGAAAAAAAAACAUCAGCAGCAGCAGCAGCAACAACAACAACAACCACCACCACCACCGCCACGACCACCAAAGUCCAUUACAGAAUUGGAAAACUUUUUCGAUCGUCUUGGUCUUGAUUCGGAUAAUUACGAGCGUAUAACAGUACCAAUAUCAAACUCCUCGUCACCCGUAUUCUUCGAUAGUGUAAGUUCAGUUGAUUCAGCCCUGGGAUUAUAUUCAUGGUCUGGUCACAACCAAUCCAGUAGUAAUAAUGACGGACAGUGGCAGGGAAACAAUUGUAGCACGGCAAAUGAAGAAACUAGUCAGAGAGUUAGUGAUCCGCCGAGCAUCGUCGAGAGAAAUGCUAGAAUAAUAAAAUGGUUGUGUCAAUGCCGAAAGACACAAUUUGGUUACAGUUAAAAGAGGAGAGAAAAAAAAAGAAAGCAAAAGAAAAAGAAAAAAAUCUUGGUGCUCAUUUAUAAUUUACAUUUUUCUUCUAUUCUAUGCACGUGCCAUCAUAGCUUGCUAUCAUCAGUCAUCAGUGCUCUUCUUAUUCAAUUGUACAUAUAUAUACAGUUUUAGGUUUUUUUUUCAAAUCGAGACAAUUCAAAACAAUUCUAGUAGCUGAAAAUGAUUAUUAUAUUUAUUAUUCGUUUUAUCUAAUUUUUUUUUCUUCCAUUGAAAAAGAUAUAUUAUUAUUCUGUUGUCAAUUCAUUUUUAAUGUUAACAAAAUUCGAUAAUUCAUCACAUGCUAAUUAAUUAAUGAAUGAGCAUAAAGAAUUGUCAUUGACACAUAAGUGAUAGUAAGAAAUUUCUGAAAUUUUAUUGGUAUUAAAAGGGAUAAUAAUUAUCAAUCGAUAAUUAUUUCAAUCCUCCAAUACAUUCUAUUGUCUGUUUAAUUGUUGGAAAAAUGUAUUUUUGUCAGUGUUUUUUUUUUCUUUCUCAAAAUGGAAAAUGUUUAAAAAUAAGAAAUUAAAAGAAAAAAAGGAUGCCUUGAAAAAAUGUGUGAAGAUUAAUCUCUUUCAAUUGUUGAUUGUCCAUAGUUUUGAUUAUGAGAAAGAUGAUAAUUUCACGUAAUCGCCUUAACAAUUAUUAAGAUCAAAAGUUGUGUGAUGACAUUCCGAUCGAAAACAAGAGAAUUGAAAAAUGAUUGUUAGAAGCAGAGAUAUAUUUAAUCAUGAUAUAUAUAUACUAUAUAUAUAUUUUUUUUUUCUUUUUCACUUUUUGUUGGGCAAAUUAGUUGUCACGAAAAAUGAGCAGAAAACUGAUAAAAAUUACUUGCAUUUAUAUACAUAUACGAGUGCAUGAAUCACGACUGAUGAAUAAAAAAUCAAUAAAUAAAUACUUAUAUAGCUGUUAACAUCUGGAAAAACUGUCAUCAAAUGAAUUUUUUAAAAAUCACUUGAUUUUAUUUCAUUUUAUUGCACAUUGCAUUUACAAUUCGCACACUCAACAGACUGACUUGCUAUAUUUUCUGCGAUGUAACGUAUAAUCAGCAAUUUCAUUCCCGUCUGUUAAAUUUACGCAUCAGCAUUUACUAAAUCCUAUCCGCAAUUAAUUGACCAACUCCAAUGCAAUGUGCAAAAUUUUUGCGUAUUCAUAAAAAACAAAUCAACAAUUUCUUUCCUUUACCAAAUGAAAUAUUAAUAGCCACAUUCUUCGCAGUAUAAUGUAAAGAAAGAUAUGGACAAGAUCUGAAAAUGAACAUUUAAAAAGGAGAAAAACAAAAAAGCACAACGAAUUAUGAUUGCAUACUUUUUAAAAUAAUGAGAAAAUAAAAGAAAAACUUGCAUGAGUGAAUAAUUUAGAGAGAAAUCAUUCUAAAUACUACUGUAUGAAUUCACUUGGCAUGAUUUUAACGUAAUAGAAAUAGCUAAUAUUCAGACCUCUCGAAAAAUAUCGCAAUGCAUUGAAUCGAUUAUCAAAUAUAUUUAAAUACUCUACAAGAUUACGUUUAUUAAUUGUUUACAAUGCACUGCAUCAAUGUAAUUGGUAAUUACAGCCAAUAGUUUUUUCAAAUACACAAUUCCUAGCAAAUAAACGAAUUAAUCAACAAUACCGUGAAGGACAUGACACUUCGUGUCUAUCAAAUCAACUAUUUUAAUAGAAAACACAAAUGACCGGAAUUUAGAAACAACGAAAUUAUAAAAAUACUCAGAAUUUCAAUACUCAAUUCGAUAAUUGAAUUCUGUCGGUAAUUUUGUAUUUUGUGAUGAUCUAUGGAAUAGCAAAGGAAUAAUGUAAUGAUCAUUAUACAUACACAGAAACGAGAGGUAAAAUAUUGAAAUCUUCUUUACAUCAUUUCUCUUGUUGUUUAUAAAUAUUGAUCUAGUCACGUGGAUAACAUAACUGUUAGAAUUAUUUGCAAAUAGUAAAUAAAAAACGAAACGUCUCAUUUAAACGUCUCCUGAAAAAUUUGAGAAAAUACAAUAAAUUUACUAUAGAAUUAAUUUUUUCGGGUAAUUACACCCAAUUAAAACCAAAAAACACGAGAAAUUUCCAUGUUAUUAAUAGUCGUACCUCUGUAUUUCGAUUGAUUUAGAAUAUAAUUCGAAAUGACAAAUU